UGUUCAAAUGAGUUUAAACACACCGACUAAUGUACUCCAGUUAACUUUGCUUGGUAAUUUUUCUCUGGCUUUUCAGUCUGGUUUAUCGUUUGAACAUACCUCAAAGUGCGUUUCUAUAACCAUUAUACGCUUUAGAGUUUAAGUUGGCUGUUAUAUUUUUUUUAGUAUAACGCAUAAAUCGACCAGUUAUUCAUUACAAUUAAAAUUCCAGUCGUAUCACGCAAAACAAAACACAACUAUCUUUAAAGUUAAAGAUACUUUCACUUAUUCCUUAUAUUAUUUUCUGCAUAGUUGAAAAAGCGGACGGACUGAGUAAUACCGACCCUGACCCCUGGUAGUAAUCAACCAAAAGUGUAACCAGACAACGUUCGACCAAUAUUACGUAAUAAUCUAAGCCAUGGCGACACGAUCUGUGCUGUUUGGGUUCAUUGCCGUCCUUCAAUUCGUGACCUUCAUCCUAAUGUGUUUGUGCCACAUGCCUGGCUUCGUCUACUUCGACUGGAAGGUGUUCGUGGUCCAGGAGGAAAAUCUGGCAGUGCAGCUGAGGACUAUGGACAAGGAUAUGGCGUAUGGUUUGUGGCACAAGUGCACCCAGGACGAACAAGACUGCGAAAUGAUCGAAGAUGGUGACGUGGUGGUGUCUGACGAUACGAGGAUGAAUGAGUUGACGUUUGCGAGAGUGGCUCUGGUCUUCGCCCAUUUGCUCUCCAUCCUCGCCAUCGUGUCCAGUGUGGCCAACACGUGCAAGAGGAGAGAAAUCGUCACCAGCAUUCAUCUCUAUCUCGCAUUCUUCCAAUGCUUUUUCAUCAUGGCGUCUGCUGCCUUGGCCACUCAUGUGAUGCGGGUGGGGGACUGGGUGGACAUCAGUCUGGGGUGGGUGUUUACGGUGUUCUGGUUCACUGUAUGCUUCACCAUCCUCGUCCUUCUCGUCUCCUUCUGUGCUCCCUGUAUGUACAUCUCAUACACUGAGCAGAGUGACGAAGAUGACAACUACUACGGAAAUCCGGACAAGAACGCAUACGUCCUCAGCCAGAACUUCUAGAACCUUCUAGAACAUUCUUGGUGUGGCCAAACAUAUAAACGGAUUUUCUCAGAUAUAGACAGAGGAUAUAUAAAAUUGAGAGGACAAUAAUUGAAAAAGACUUAAAAGUUGUACAUAUUGUAAUGAUUCUAAUAAAUAGGUUUUGAUACUUUCAAUAUAAUUUUGACUAAUUAAACGUUCGCUUUAA